AUGGUAUCAUGGUCAAGAAAAUGGGAUCUACCUUUAAAUCUUUCCAAAACAGUAGCUUUGCAUUUCGGAGAGGCUCCUCAGAUUCCCUACUUCUGCAAUUCAACAACUAUUCAAUAUCAAGAGCAAGUUCGAGACCUUGAGAUUGUUCUGGAUGCAGUUAUGAUUCUCUGGGCUCUGUUCUUCAUAUGCGCUUUGAUAAUUAUAAUUAGAACUCGAAGAAAAGAUAACGUGUUGGCAUUUUUCCAUCCUUACUGCAACGCUGGAGGUGGAGGUGAACGGGUUUUAUGGUGCGCCCUUCGUGCAAUGCAACAAAAAUGGCCGCACUUGCAGUAUAUUAUCUAUUCGGGAGACUAUGACGCAACAAAAGAGCAGAUCCUUCUAAAAGCCAAACAGCGGUUUGGGAUUACCAUUGACCCAAAGAAUGUUCACUUUGUCUUCCUACGGUUGCGACGUGUGGUCGAGGCAGAUCUUUAUCCCCGUUUUACACUUAUAGCACAAGCGUUGGCUGGAUUGCUUCUCGGUUUCGAGGCCUUGCUUAAACUUAACCCAUCUAUUUUUGUUGAUAGUAUGGGAUAUAGCCUGACGCUUCCUCUGUUUCGGUGGAUCGCUGGAAGUAGAGUGGGCACAUAUGUUCAUUAUCCAACAAUUUCAUGUGAUAUGAUCGACCUGGUAUCGCGAAGAGAACAGUCUUACAACAAUGCUGACAUUAUUGUGCAGAGCAAUAUAUUAAGUCAUAGUAAAUUACUCUACUAUCGUCUGUUCGCAUUUUUUUAUGGUCUCACUGGUCAAGCUGCGGAAGUUGUUAUGGCGAAUGGAAGUUGGACUAGCGGUCAUAUAAAACGAUUGUGGCAUUGCGAUGAUGUAAAGAUAGUUUUCCCACCAUGUGAUGUCACUGCCUUCUUGACACUGGAGCAGAAUUCCGAAGAGAAAUUUUCUCGAGAUAAAGUUGUGAGGAUCAUAUCGAUUGGACAAAUUCGUCCAGAGAAAAACCAUCGAAUGCAGAUCGAGAUACUGCAGGUAGUCAAAAAGAAACUAGAAGAACGCGGUGAAGGAACUGAGGUCGAGCUCACUGUUGCUGGUGGCUGCAGAAAUGUAGCUGACCAGGCUCGCGUUAAGGAGCUGAAGAAUCUUGCAGCGCAGUGGGGACUGACUUCCAAUAUAAACUGGAAGCUCAAUGUGGCUUAUGAAGAGUUGCUCGAUGUUCUUUCGGAGUCGUUGAUUUCCUUACAUACGAUGUGGAACGAACAUUUUGGUAUUUCUGUAGUGGAAGGAAUGGCUGCUGGUACGAUUAUGUUGGCACAUGAUUCUGGUGGGCCCCAGCUGGACAUUUUACUACCAAUCGAUGGAAAGAAAGAGACACAACCGAUGGGAUUUCUCGCAGCUACACGAGAAGCAUAUUCACUCCCUCAGUACCCUGCACACUGGACCCUGCCGUCUCAGACGUCGGACGGUAUGGCGACCGGCGAGAGGCGAUCAAAUCUCAGGUUGCUCAGGACGUCAUUGAUUCUGGACCAAGGCGACACACGCACGACUCGCCAUGGAGACUGUCUCAGACUGUGUACUUACAACGCGAGAACAGUUUCCACAGACGCUGACCUGCAUGCCCUUCCCGGAGCUGCAGAGCGCAUCAAAUUUCACGUGAUUGCUCUGCAGGAGACCAAGUACAGAAGGAGCGACGUGCGACAGAUGAAUGACGGUACACUCGUCAUUCGUGGAGAGAAGGUUAUGUCGCGAAAUGUAGGCGGUGUUGGUUUUGUUGUGCACCCAUCUGUCGUCCAUCUCGUCGAUUCUCACGAAAUCCUGUCACCUCGUCUGGCCAUUCUUCGCCUCCGCCCUCUGCGCCAAAAAUCCAUCAGUAUCAUCAACUGCUACUCACCAACAUCAGCAACUGAUGAAUCCGAAUUGGAUGCGUUUUACGAGGAGCUGGAGGAAGUAGUCCGCAACGAGAAGUCCUACAAAUUCGUUGUCGGAGACUUCAACGCAAAAGUAGGAAAGGCCACAGAAGAGGAAUACAGGAUUGGAAGAUUUGGACUAGGGGACCGGAAUGAAAAUGGCAAUCGUCUCGCCGGACUGUUGUCCGCCGCUCGCCUCUUUCAUGGGAACUCUCUUUUCAUGAAAAAAGAUCAUCGUCGGUGGACAUGGGAAUCGCCCAAUGGCGCGACUCGUGCGGAGAUCGACCACAUACUCACCAACCGGAGGUGGUGUCUACUUGACGUCUCAGUAGUACCAUCCUUUUGUAGUGGUUCUGAUCACCGUCUCCUUCGUGCGAAAAUACGACUCAGCCACACGAUGGAAAAGAACAUCUGCUAUCGGCAACGAAGGAGAAAAGAAGUCGUCUACGACGAUUGCGUACUCGAGGACUGCUUGUCCCAAGGUGACUGGCACAUCGAGGAGGACCCAAACGUGGACUACGAGAUGCUGCUCAGAGGAUUACGAGCCUGUGCUGAACGCGCCUCGAAGCCGCGCACGACAAACUUGGAUCGAAUUUCGAAGACCACCAAGGCAUUGUUGGAAAGAAGAAGGGCUUUGAGGCUUGAUCCGAAUGCAUCGCACAUUGAGGGGUUAGUAGCAAGCACUAGCUGCAGAAAAGCGUUGCAGGAGGAUCUUUUGAAGUACAGGCAGAAGAAGAUUCUAGAAGCAGCACAAAGAACGAGUCUAAGGAAGUGCCGCAGGGAUCUCCGCGAAUAUAAUAUUCCGCUAGCAACCUUGAUGAGCAAAGACGGGACUCGCACGUCUUCUCAUCGUGAGAUUGAAAUCAUUACGAAGAAGUUCUACUCGAACUUUUUCCGUUCAUCAACUCCUGUGUCAAGCCCAAUCAUCCCCACUGGCGAAGCUCCACCACGGAUUCUCCCUUCGGAAGUACGAGUCGCUAUCAAGAGCAUGAAACCUGGCACCGCCUCCGGACCUGAUUUUAUAUCAGCAGACUUUCUUCGGGCUGUUCGCCAUCCGCUUCAUGUAAUCUUAGCAGCGCACAUGACAUCCCACCUUCAGAAAGAAAGGAUCCCAGACCAGUGGAAGACCUCGCGAACCGUUCUUAUCCAUAAGAAAGGUGACCGAGAGGACCUUCGGAACUACCGUCCGAUAUGCUUGCUGAGCGUGUUAUACAAAGUAUUCACUAAGAUCAUCCUCACGCGCAUAUCUAGGACGCUGGAUGAAGCCCAGCCUCAAGAACAAGCUGGAUUCCGCCAGGGAUUUAGCUGCUUGGACCACAUUCAGACCGUGUCGAGGGUCAUAAAGGUUUGCCGGGAAUACCGCUUCCCCCUUGUUCUAACCUUCGUCGACUAUGAGAAAGCCUUUGGCAGCGUAGAAACGAAUGCAAUACUGUCAGCACUGGUCGAUCAAGGUGUGGACGCGUCGUAUGUGAGGACAUUAGCCAAUUGCUACGAUCGAUGCACGACUAGGAUACAGCUUUUCCACCGCCCUCUCACCAUACCCAUUGGAAAGGGGGUACGACAAGGCGAUACUAUAUCGCCGAAGCUGUUCACGGCUGCAUUUCAAUGGAUAAUGAAAUCACUAUCCUGGGAAGAAAGGGGCAUACGUGUUGAUGGAAGGUUUCUUUCGAACCUUCGUUUCGCGGACGACAUCCUUCUCUUUUCGAGCAGUACCAAUGAAGCAGAAACGAUGCUCAACGAAUUGAACGAAGCAGGGAAGAGAAUAGGACUACGAAUAAACAGAAAGAAGACACAGUUCAUGAAGAACGCCCACUGCGAGGACGGAGGAGUACAACUUGAACGCUCCCAAAUCGUGGAAACUCCGUCAUACGCAUACCUCGGACGUUCUAUGAACAUGGAAAACCACUUGAAGGAAGAACUGGAUAGAAGAAUGAGAGCAGCAUGGGCGGCAUUCGCAGCCGUCAGGGAAGCUACGGACCAACUGACGGACGAGGAUCUUCGUGCCCAUCUGUUCGACUCGACAGUCCUUCCAGCGCUCUGUUACGCAGCGGAGACGUGGGCAGACACCGCGGCCACGUCUAGGAAGCUACUUACUACCCACAGAGCUCUUGAGAGAUGUCUCCUGAAGUUUAACCGGCGCACACAACACCUUGCCGGUCUUCGUAGCUCCGACUCCGAAAAGGAAUGCCCCGUCUUCGCGACCCAGCGGAAUAUGACCUCGUCAACGUCACUCACGAAGCUUGAGAACAUCUUGGAUGACAAUGGCGAGGGAACGAAACGAGUGGAAGAGAUGCUGGGGCCUGCACGUCCAGUGAAGACGGGCCAUCUAAUCAUUCCCACGAAUUUCGUGUGCUCAGAAGUGUUUCUUGCACAUCUCACGCAGCAAUCAAAUUCUCUUCAAGAGCUAGAGUAUGUGCGACUUAUACUGCACAUUAUUGACAUGACCCGGGCAGAACGCGACGCAGUUCGCAGAGCUGCACGAAAAUCGGUGAGCAGGUUCAGCGAGUAUGAGUUUGAUCGCAACUGGAACACUGCUAUUGAGCCAUUGUUGAUGUGA